GUACUUUGUCGUCUGUGAUUUGGACUCAAGAAGUCAAGAAAGUAAACGCUCGCUUGAUUUAUAGUUUUCUUAAAAUUGUUAUAAGUUAAAACUUAACUUUUAUUAUAAUAUAUUGUAUUAUUGAUUCUUAAACCAUCUCAAUGGCUAUGCAACCUCAUAGUAAAAAAAGAGUGUGCUAUUAUUACGAUAGUGAUAUUGGCAAUUAUUAUUAUGGACAAGGACAUCCUAUGAAGCCUCACCGUAUACGUAUGACACAUAAUUUGUUGUUAAAUUAUGGUUUAUAUAGAAAGAUGGAAAUUUAUAGACCCCACAAGGCAACUGCUGAUGAAAUGACAAAGUUCCACUCCGAUGACUAUAUUCGCUUCUUGAGAUCCAUCAGGCCAGACAAUAUGUCAGAAUAUAAUAAACAAAUGCAAAGAUUUAAUGUUGGUGAAGAUUGUCCGGUGUUUGAUGGAUUGUAUGAGUUCUGUCAAUUGUCUGCUGGGGGCUCAGUGGCUGCAGCAGUCAAAUUGAAUAAACAGGCAUCAGAAAUCUGCAUAAACUGGGGUGGAGGUCUCCACCACGCUAAAAAAUCUGAAGCAUCAGGUUUCUGCUAUGUGAAUGACAUUGUCCUGGGCAUCCUGGAGCUGCUGAAGUACCACCAGAGGGUGCUGUACAUUGACAUUGAUGUCCACCACGGCGACGGGGUGGAGGAAGCCUUCUACACUACCGACAGGGUCAUGACAGUGUCUUUUCAUAAGUACGGAGAAUAUUUCCCUGGAACAGGCGACCUAAGAGACAUUGGUGCUGGCAAGGGCAAAUACUAUGCAGUGAAUAUACCUUUACGGGAUGGUAUGGACGAUGAGUCAUACGAGUCAAUCUUUGUGCCCAUCAUAUCCAAAGUGAUGGAAACAUUCCAACCGAGCGCUGUUGUGCUACAGUGUGGAGCGGACUCGCUUACAGGUGACAGAUUGGGAUGUUUCAACCUCACCGUACGUGGACACGGCCGCUGUGUUGAACUGGUGAAGAGAUACGGUCUUCCCUUCUUACUUGUUGGUGGUGGAGGAUACACAAUCCGCAAUGUCUCCCGUUGUUGGACGUACGAGACGUCAGUGGCCCUCGGGGUGGAGAUAGCUAACGAGCUGCCCUACAACGACUACUUCGAGUACUUUGGCCCCGACUUCAAGCUGCACAUCUCUCCCAGCAACAUGUCCAACCAGAACACGCCCGAGUAUUUGGAGAAGAUCAAGAACAGACUUUUUGAGAAUCUCCGCAUGUUGCCACAUGCGCCUGGUGUACAGGUACAAGCUAUACCUGAAGAUGCGGUCAACGACGAGUCUGAAGAUGAAGAUAAAAUCGACAAAGACGAACGACUUCCACAGAGUGAAAAGGAUAAGCGUAUAACGGGCGACGGCGAGCUGUCGGAGUCGGAGGACGAGGGCGACGCGCGGCGCGACAACCGCUCGUACCGCGUGCCGCAGCGCAAGCGCCCGCGUCUCGACAAGGACGCGCAACCCAAGGACGACGUCAAAGCUGAAGACUCAAAGGACGACGUGAAGAACGUCAGCAACAUGGAAGAGCCGAAGAAGGAAGUGACGUCCAACGCCUGAUCCGCGCGAUAGUCGCGCUGUUCCUAUGGCGGCUCGCACUUGUGCACUGACAGAUCUUACUCCCCCAAUAAAACUCGCGAAGUUGAUCGAAGAUAAUUGAAUACGAUCCUACCCAAGAUUACGGAUAGAUCGCUAUCCUUAGUAACAGUCAAACUAUCUUUACAUAGUCAAACUAUCUGUCAGUAGGUUAUUGAAAAGCAGAUAAGAACAGAAAGAUAGAUUUUCUUAACUUUAGUAAGCGAAAUGGCGGAUUUAUAGGUUAUUGAAAACGGCCGUUAGUGUAGGGUAGGUUUGCUUCACUUCGUGCAACUUCGCCUUGUCUCGCUGCCGAUCGUUUUGUCAGAGUCAAAGAACUAUAAUUUGGCAAGUUCGUUCGUUCUUUCGACGCGGGGGUGGGGUUUUGGUAGACUGCGCGGGUGUGAAGUCGUGCGCGCGGGGCAUAUCUACCCCCCUCCCGGCCCGCUCAGACCAUUACGAACGAAUUUGCCAAGCUAACAAUCCAAGGUUCGAACACGAAGCGCCUCGCUACACCACUAGUACUAGAGGCCUAAGUGGAUGAUAUCAAGUCCAUACAUACAGAUUCCAUACCAGUGCAUAUUUUUGUAAUUAAAAUAAAUCAAAGACCAGACAUACUUUUACUUUUAUAUUUCGAGAAAAGUAGUUUUUACUCCAACGUUACAAGACAGACGUUUUUAGUGCUCACAAGAAACUGUGUCCUGAAGUGGAUGAUUAUGAGUUAUAUGUAUUUUUUUCGUCUUUAACUGAAAUCCCACAUAAUGUACUCAAUGUCUAUUAUCCAUUGAUGUUAUUAUAAAAAAUAAAACAAAAUACAAUUCAAGAAGUUACAAUUGUAACAAACCUUCAAAAAUCGACUAAUUUAAAACAUCCUGAUAAUGUCAUAUUAAAGUAAAAUGAACCUAAUGUUUAAUGUCUUAAAAGUCAUACGUUUUGUUAUGAUUAUUAAUUUAGCGUUGUCUAAUUCUAUUAGGGGAUUUUAAUACUAGCAUUGGGUCUUUAUAUUCUGAUAUUAUACCAUAUAUACAGGGUGUCCCGCAAUCCCGUAAUUAAUGGAUAAUUUAGAUAAUUAAGUGAUGUAUCCACCAUUUGUGUUUUAUCAAUUAAUUACGGGACACCCUGUAUACUACUUCAUCUAAAGCUAAUCUUACUUCCAAAAGUAGACGUACUAUACAACUCGUAACUUGUACUACUGCUAAAUUUAUUUAAAAAAAAAAAAAAAAAAUACCGACCGAAUUGAGAACCUCCUCCUUUUUGAAGUCGGUUAAUUAAUUAAAAUAAGACAACUUAUGGAUAGCGAUGUCAUAUUUUCUAAUAGUUAUGUAUGUUUUAGAUAAGAAAGUAAGGUUUUUAAAUCUCUGUAAAUAAAAUAUUUUUUACAUAAAAUCAAUUCUGUAGUGAUAAUUAAUAAAUCUUACAAUGUAUUCAACUAUUAGGUAUACUAGUGACUAGUGAUGAUUUUUUUUUACGAUUUAGAGGAUUAUGCGAUCUCAAGUUUUUGUGUAUUGUGUGUUGCGUUAACAUACUAGAUGUCCCUCGAAAUAAUACUUUUUCGGAUGUUUUUACUGUUUUCUGUGUCUCUAUUAAACGUAUAUGCAAAAUUUUACGAUCAUCUAUUCCGUGAUAUGUGUGAAAUAUCACAAAUAUAAUAUUAAUAAAUUGCUCAGAGAACAAACAUAAAAAGAAAUUAAUUUUUAUCUAUCGGUAAAUAAAAAACUUCACUGUAAUAAUUUAAUUUUAUAUUUGAGAAAAAACAUGGUGAAAAAAUAUUAUAAUUUGCAAUUAUUUAUCACACUACCUAAUUAUAUAAUUUUUAUUUUAUAAUGUCUUCGCUUAACGUAACCAAUGAUGUAAUGAACAAAAACGUUGUAUAAAUGGGACAAAUUUUGCGGAUUUUGACUGUUAAUGUAACCUUAUUUUUCUUAAGACAUCAUUGGGAUAGACCAGAGGUUCCCAAACUUUUUUUCUCAGAGACCAUUUUCAAAUAUAACUGGUUCCGGUGGACCCCCUGCUGAAUUUCUUUCCAAAACUCGACAAAAAAUGUGAUUAGCUGAAUCAACAGCCACCACAAAAUAAGAGUUUUUAAAAGAAAUUGUGAGAAUUAAUUAGUUAAUUAAUUAAUUUAGAAUUUAGAAACUUUCCAUUUGGUAUGAAACCAGAUAAAUUUUCGUGGACCCCUGCUACGUAUCGUGAACCCACAUUUUUAAGUCACAUCAACGUAGACCCCCGCCGAGUUUUCCGUAGACCCCUGGGGUCCACCUGGACCGCUUUGGGAAUCAAUGGGAUAGGCUAUAAUUAACUAAUUAAAUAAUGUUAGAUAGGUAUUAUUUUUAUAUCUAGGAUUGUAAUUUAUGUAACUGUAAUGAUAAUAUUCAAUUCAAGAUGUACAUUGUACAAUGUCAAUGCUAAAAUGUAUUUAUUCUUUGUUUUGUUGAAAAUUCAUCAACUCUGGCUAAUCGCCCCUUGUUCACUUUGGUCAUGAGUCUGCUUGUUUCAAUUCUAAGAUUUUGUUCUAUUAGAUAUGUCAUUAACGAGUCAAAGGUGAAGUCAAAAUGAGGCGAUAGUCCAUUGAAAUUUUACAAUUUAGGGACCGAAUAUUGCAUUUUUUGGAGUAUGCAAUUUUAUUUUUGGGACAUGUAUAUGGGUUAAUAGAAACUUAAGGUUUAUGGGUCGCCACCCUUGUCCCUCAAUGCUAAACUAUUUGCUACAAAUGAUGACUUUAGAAUUUAUUUGUAAGACGCAGUUUCCGAGAUAUUGCAAAAAAAGUGUUUUCACUACUUUCUCUAAAAAAUGGAAAGCUCAUGUAACAUUCCAAUGAACUACGAACAAAGGUGGCUAAUUGUCUUAAUUUCAUUUAGUCGCAUAGUAAACAACGAAAGUUAUUUUAACAAAUAAAUAUUGUCUACAAUGUCGAGUUGUGUGUAUAAAUACAUAAGUAUAUAGUAUUAUGUAAGUAAACACACAAUUGUGCAUGUGUGCGCUCAGUGAAGUAGCUAAAUUCGGAUCGCUUGCAAGCCACCGUACUGACCAAAGUGAACAGCGGGCAUUACACGAUCUUGGCCGGUCGCUUCUCUGUCCGUGGAUAUGAAAACAUAGAGGAAUUAUCUGUGGAGUGGUAUCGCAACCAAAUUCAACAAUAUAAUAAUUAUUAUUGUCUGUUGUUUUGUUGAGGGAGACGUCGGCUUAUCUAUUCGUCGGGAUCGAUGUAAUGAUGUUCCAGCUGCAGAAACUAUUAUUUUUAGUUAUUGUUAUUAUUUCAACUUUGAUAUAAUUAGUUACUCAAUACUUAUAGAUCAAACGUAACUUCAUCUUAGGAAUAAUUGAACUUUUUUAUACUAUACAUUUUUUUUACCCGGGAGGUAUUUACACAACGAAAACGUUCAGGCAAAGAAACAUUGAUUCUAUAGUAACAGUUUUCAUAAACGCGUUAGAUCGUUGAUCUUAUACUUUGACAGAGGGGUACGUCGAGGCAUCCUAGAUAUAGUUCGCCUGAGUUAUAAAUUGUGGCUUUUUAAUUUUUAACAAUCAUUUCUAACUGAAGAAAUUAGCCCCUUUUCCGCUACAUGGCGAGGUUUUAUAUUUUUCUGGCCAGAUUUCCUAAAGAAAAAUAACAUUUACCGAAUGGUCGAAUAUGGAUUGGAUCUCCGCCCAUUUGUUUUGUCUGUGUGACCUGUGUGCUCAUAUUUGAAAAAUAUGGCUUUUUAAAUAAUAAUAAAAUAAUAUAAUAAUUUAUGUACUACCUUUGUAUGGAGAAGCGGGCGGCUGAGGCUAUCGUAUAAUUUACACAGAAUAUGUUUCUUAUCGAAUUAAAAAAAUGUCCUUCUACAACUUAAGUUUAUGACAAAAUUGACUCACCAGUAAUGUGUUUCGUUAUUUAUUUUAACUAUUAAUGUUCGUUUCAGUAUUUAACGAACUGCAAACGUUCAAAAUGGAACAGGAUUAGAUAAGACUGUAAAUAUUUUAUUUUUAUUUGUUGAAUACAUAUUGUGUCUGAAUAA